UAGAGUGCAGCGCAGGCCAGGGAGGCACCUGCAGUUUAAACACUAAACAAAAACGAGAUGACGAAUCGCAUCACACUUGCAUCACUUCCACUGAUCAAAAGAUGCAGCCCUUCCUAGUAUUACAAAAGGGGUGUCAUGUUGCCGUAUUCUGGAUUAAACUCUUAAUUGGAACCAAUUUGACUAAAUGUCAACUGAAUCUUGCUAAUUGGGAGCACCCUGAGGAUUACGACCAUCUACUUAAAUCUAAAUCUCUUCCUCUGAGGAUUAUCUUCCAAGAAACAUUCUGUUAAAGUCAUUCUGAGGAAUGCAGUGCCAAGUUGAUCACUAAUUAAUCUAAUUAAUGUUGUCCCGUAGAGUUCUGCACGUAUUUACUGUUUCUGAAAUGUGUAUUGUCUGUCUACUCUGUUGUGGGUCAUCUUCCAGAUAUUUCCUAAGGAAAAUCUUUUUGUGAAGAACACUGUAACCACCAGGCUGUCAGAUUCUCUUGAUGGCUAAAAUGUGUUAAUCAGGAAUUUAUAUGAUCAGUGUUCCUGUUUUAAAAUGUAUGUCAAGUAUUCAUUAAGGAACCCCAAAAUUAGAGAUCAGUCUUUCCUCAAUUUCUCGUAGGAUACAAUGUCUUGUACAGCGCCAGUGCCCCAGAUCGAAGUGGAUGAAUCUGUUGACCAUGGACAGGCCAGCUCAGCGGCCCCUCACGAUGAUCACCUCAGGAGCCUCAAGGCCCUGACCCAGAAGCUGAGGCUGGAGACCAGAAGGCCCUCGUAUCUGGAGUGGAGGGCUCAGGUGGAAGCACACAGCUCCAAGGACCUCAGACCACUGGAGGAUGAUGCUCCUAAAGAGGAGAAGAGAGUCAGUGAGGGGGCUGUAGGCUCCUUCAGACAGUCUCAGCGACACCUCCUCAGCAGCAGUGUGGUCAAGGAGGAGAGCCACAGCACAGGGAACCUGAAGGGCUUUCGGAAUAUUGAUGAAGCACUAAUCUGGCUCAGAAAGGAAUUGACUGAAAUGCGGCUUCAAGACCAGCAGUUGGCUCGGCAGCUGAUGCGCCUGCGUAGUGACAUCAACAAACUGAAGAUUGAGCAGACCUGCCACCUGCAUAGGAAGAUGCUCAACGACGCCACCUAUGAGUUGGAGGAGCGUGACGAGCUGUCUGACUUGCUCUGUGACUUGCCCCUCACUCCAGGGUUCAGCCUUUCCACCCCACUCAAGCUCAUUGGUGUCACUAAAAUGAACAUCAACUCACGCCGCUUUUCCCUUUGUUAGCCUUUCCAGCAUCCACGGAGACAUUACACUUCCUGUUUUCAAUCUGCGUUUGACUUCAUCACUUCUCUUUAAUGUAAAUGUGCUAUGCAGGUUAAUGGAGAUGGGAACUCUGUUCAGAAAGUAUUAAAACCAAGAUGGCAGGGCUCCCGAAUGGCGCAUCCGGUAAAGGCCCUCUGCGUGGAAUGCAGGACGUGUCCCAUAGCCUGGAGAUCACUGGUUCGAGUCGAGGCUAUUCCUAGGGAGUGGCACACAAUUGGCCGAGCGCCGCCUGGAUGUCCGCAGCUCACCACACAUCAGAGACCCCUGUAGACCUGCCGGGCGCCCGCAGGCCUGCCUGUAAGUUGCUCAGAGCUUCAUGGUCCUCUAAUGCUGUAGCUCUGAGGUAGCAGCAUGACUGGCCUCCAAAGUGAAAAGAAGCGGAUGGCUAACGGCACAUG